GAGGAGAAUCUUAAAAAAGCUUCAAACAAACGGCAAAGCAAGAAAGACAUGGAAUAUAUUCACAGCUGCAUUAGCUAUUCUUGCUAGCUCCACUUCAAGCUUAUCCAUCUAACUUAUUAUUCCCUCGGCUUCUUUUCAACCUUCCCUUUUCAUUCCUAUUUUAUUUCUCAACAAGUUCCAAGUAUAUAUAUCGACUUACAUGCAUUCCCCCAACUUAGAUUUGAUCAACAAGAGAGAAGAGCAAAAGAGAGAGAGAGAGAGAUGGGUUGCUAUCCUCUAGGGAAGAUGGUGGCAAAGGUAUUCGACAAGUGCAAAGGGAGGAAGAGGCGUGGUAUAGCUACCACCAUGGUAUACUCACCGCCACCGUCGUACUCCUACGCACGAUCAGUGGCGAAGCAUGUGACUUUCAGCACGGACCACGCCGUCGUCAUGCCGCCGGACACCGUCCAAAUGGUGCCUCCCGUCUCGAAGCACCACCACCCGGGGCCUGCUAUCUCGCCGUCGCCUCAAGCGGAGAUGGCGCAAUCGAACGAGCAAUGCCGGGUUCGAUUCACGCCGGAGUCGACGACUCAGCACGGUGAGAUCCCUAAUCCACCGAGGGCGCCUAGAUCGAAGCAACCGAGGUUCCCCGUGGAGCAAGAUCAUCAGGCUGCGGAUGGCUUUGCCCAUCCGUUGAGAAGGGAGCCGCCUCAAUUUCGAGAUGACACUGCAAACCGAAACGAACCGCCGCCGACAUAUACGGCGUCGCCGCUGCCGAGGUGGGAGGAGGGGGAGAGACGGAGGGAGUACUUCGGCGGCGAGUACCAUUACUAUCCUACGCCGGUUCGCGAGGGAAUCUACCGAAUCGCGACCGACCCGAACCGGCUCACCACGAUAUUUAGCGAGGAGAAUCCGAACGCCUGCAGCAUCGUGUGAGUGAGUAGCAGAGGUUUCGAUGGACGACUGCCUUUGGAUGGAAUGGACGGCUCAGAAUGUGCUCGAUAAGAAGAAUCUGAUGCUCUGUGUUUGCUUUAAUUGCUUUGGUACUGGAUUCCUCAAGGAUCGUGUGCCGUGUAAAACACGUGUUUAUUCCGUCUGUUAUAGUGAUUUUUCUUUAUCUGUUGUGGUUAAAAGUUGAUUCCAAUUUAAUGCAGUGGAUAAAAUGCUAAGUAAAUAAGUUUUUUUUGGGACAA